AUGGCGAGGCGCGCGCAGUGGCGGUCGUUCGCGCACGCGAAGUGCGACGUCGACGACGCCCUCGCGACGACGUUCGCGCUCGCGAAAUCGGUCGAGGUGGCGGUGCCGCGAGGACGGCGCGACGACGAGGACGCGAUCGCGCGCGCGCUCGACGACGACGCGAAUGCGAUCGUCGGGACACAUUUCGAGGCGGAGAUGUCGAUCGCGGACGCGCUGGACCCGCACUUCGUGCACGAACACGUGCGACGGUGGACGGCGGCGAAGACGAAGACGCGCGACGCGGGCGCGACGUUUGGGCUGACGACGAUCGACGCCGAGGUAGAUUCGGACGAUUGUUUUUGCGUGACGCCGAAGGGACGAUUCGUUGCGUCGCUCAUGGCGGACGCAAAGGAAAGUUUGGGGAUGCAAACGACGGAGGACGCGCGCGGGAAGGCGCUCGCGAGCGUGAAUUUGACGCGAGAAGAGUUCAAGGUGGGGAAUUGGUUUCACGAUCGAAUCGGGGCGUGUGCGCGGGCGUUUGAGCAGCGAACGGGAAAGUCAAAGGUAUUGUGCGCGUACAUGGUGAGUGGUGCGCACGAGGAGGUCAAGUUUCCACGCACAGUGACGGCGGCGAGGCGCGCAGAGAGCGUCAAGACUUCGUCGCAAGUUCGCGUCAAUUUGGUGAGUCAAAGUGCCGUGUUACUCGCGUCUGCGAGUCCACCGAUGAGAGGCGAGGAAAAGGACAUCGAUGUUGAUGAUUUAGAUCGGAUUUUAGAAUUUUGUGGGCGCAUAAGUCUAGGAGACGCCUACAUGGAGGGCGCCGAGGACGACCGAGGCGACAUCGUCGAGACGCGUCGCUGGCGAGGUUUGAUGUUGUAUCCAGAUACUCGACGCGUGAUUGAUAUCGCGCGAAGGAUCGUGAACGAUGGGCUCGCACCGUGGGCCGUCGUCACUGUUUGGGCUUUCGCACACAUGCCGAGCGAACUCACAGGUGAGCCGAGAAAGAAAAUUGAGCGCGACUCAUGCGCGCCAAAGAUGGGCGCCGUGUUCACCAUCGUCUUGUACCCCGACGACAAGUAUUUGAAAUUCGUAGCGUAG